AUGUCGGGGAUCCUGGCGCUGCCGCUGCUGACCAUCAUCCAGGUCGUGCAGUACUUCCAGUACCUGGGCUGGCGCGGGAUCGGCCACGCGCAGUUUCUGCGCGAAAUCAAGGCCGCCGGCGGGGGCGCGCAGGGGUUCUGCGGCGGGCUGCUGCCGGCCAUGGCCGUUGCGGCGUCCAGGGACGAGGCCGAGGUGGUCGGCAAUGCCGCGAGGGCGCUCCGGAUAGCGCUGGGCAUCGGAGCGUACGGAGAGCUGGGCGACGAUGAGAACGAGCCUGGGCCGACGACGGUGGUCUUGCGGGCAAAGUACGAGGGGCAGGCGGGUGAAAUUGUUGCCAGGUUUCCAGGGGCACACGUCUCCGCCAUAACCGAUCCGCUUUCCGUGAGCAUCGUGGGCCCGGUGCGUGUUCUCGAGGCGCUCAAGAAGUCGGUAGAGACCGACGAAGGUCUCCCGGUGACCCAGGUAAACCUGCGCGGCAAAGUGCACAACCCGGAGAACCGGACGCUCUCGGCCGAGUUUUGCCGGCUGUGUGACGAGCACGACGAACUGCGCUUGCCCACGGCCGACGCCCUCUUGGUACCCGUCCGAGCGAACGCCACUGGCGAGCUCCUCGGCCAUGGACCGCUGCCUCUAGCCCACGAGAUCAUAUACAGCACACUUGUGACGCGGUGCGAGUGGCACACGCUGCUCCAGGGAAUGUCGAAGCAGAUCAAGGAAACGUCGAGCCGCACCACACACACGUUCGCCAUGUUUGGCACCGGCCGCAAGAACUGUGUUCCUUCAGCAGCAUUCGAGGAGAACGGCCUGUCGAUAACGAAGCUCGACGUCAUGCAGGCUGUGGCGGCGCCGCAUCUGCACAAGUCCAUCCUCAGCGUCGAGGGAUAUCCAAAAGACGCCAUCGCCAUUGUCGGUGCGGCCUGUCGACUUCCAGGCGCGGACUCGCUCGAGGACCUGUGGGAAGUGGUCAGCUCCGGCCAGUCCAAGGCCGCUCCGCUGCCGACAAGUCGGCUCGACGGAAACCUGGCAUCCCGAGUGUCGCUCGACAGCAAGCGCCAGGGCACCACCCAGCAGUGGUGGGGCAACUUUGUGGAAAACAUUGACGCCUUCGACAACACCUUCUUCGGCAUCAGCCCGCGCGAGGCCCAGUACAUGGACCCGCAGCAGCGCCUGCUGCUGGAGACGGCCUACGAGGCCCUCGACAGCGCCGGCUACCUGCGCCACCAUAGACGCGACGACUUCGACAACGUCGGGUGCUUCGUGGGGACGACGUACGUCGAGUACCUCGAGAACACGACAGGGUACGGCGCUACGGCAUACGCGGCACCCGGCACUAUCCGCGCCUUCCAGACGGGCCGAAUCAGCUACCAUUUCGGCUGGAGCGGCCCCUCAGAGGCCAUCGACACGGCGUGCUCGUCGUCUCUGGUCGCCAUUCACCGGGCCUGCCGGGCUCUGCAGGCGGGCGAGUGCCCCAUGGCUCUCGCCGGCGGCGUCAACCUCAUCACCGGCAUCCAAAACUUUUUGGACCUGGGCAAAGCAGGCUUCCUGAGCACGACGGGGCAGUGCAAGCCCUUUGACGAAGCCGCCGAUGGAUACUGUCGGGCCGACGGCGUAGGGCUGGUGGUCCUGAAGCCGCUGCGGCGGGCCGUGGCAGACGGAGACCACGUGCUGGGCGUGAUCCCUGGCAUCGCAACAAACCACGGCGGUCUAUCGUCGUCUAUCACAGUGCCAUAUUCUCGAGCCCAGACGGCCCUGUUCAAAAACGUCCUCGAGCGGACAGGACUGGCGCCCCACCACAUCUCGUACGUCGAAGCUCACGGGCCGGGGACGCAGGUCGGCGAUCCUAUAGAGAUCUCAAGCGUGCGCGAAGUUCUAGGCGGCGCGGCGAGACGCGGCGCCGACGAGCUGCUCAGCCUGGGCUCGCUCAAAGGAAAUGUCGGGCACAGUGAAACGGCGGCGGGCGUUGGUAGCCUGCUCAAGGUCCUAGCCAUGCUCCAGCACCGCCAAUUGCCGCCACUGGCUGGCUUUCGCACCCUCAACCGAAAGAUAGCCGCCCUCGAGCCCGAUCGCCUCACCAUCAACAGUGCUGGCAUCCAACCCUGGACAGCCCCUUUCCGGGCUGCGCUCAUCAAUAGCUAUGGCGCGGCUGGAAGCAACUCGGCACUCGUUUGCUCCGAAGCGCCACGUAGUAGCGAGUCGGUCACGAGCGUGUCAGUGCCCGGUAGCGGGAGUCCCCAUGAGGAGCUCAGCUACCCCGUCUUUUUGAGCGCCGCAAACGCCGAGAGUCUUGGAAUGAACGUGACAAAGCUCGCGUCCUAUUUGCAAAGGACGGAUCAAAGUAUGGAGCCUCUCAGUAUCGGAAACGUGUCUCUGACACUGUACGAGCGCCGAAAACACCACCACAUGCGAUGGGUAGGCACCGAGAGUGACCUGGGCGCCUUGUCUCAAACACUGGAACCAGAAUCCGGCUCGGUCGCCAAGGGCAUGUUUGAAGUUGCCUCGCAAGAGACUGUAAAACCUGUUGUUCUCGUCUUCUCCGGCCAGUCCAGGCGGAACAUUCAGCUCAACCGUGACUGGUACCGCUGGUUUCCCCGCCUGCGCUUCCAUCUCGAGAGAUGCAACGACAUCGUCAAGAGCCUCGGUCACGACGCCAUCCUCCCCCACGUGCUUUUCCAGUCGGAGCCCGUCUCGGACGUCGUUGCCCUGCAGUGCGGCACGUUUGCCGUGCAGUUUGCUUGUGCGCAGACGUGGAUCGACGCUGGUCUCAAAGUGGAGGUCGUCGUGGGCCACAGCUUUGGCGAGCUUACAGCCAUGGUGGUCUCGGGUGUCUUGUCCCUGGAAGACGGGCUCCGGUUGGUGUCGACAAGAGCCUCGUUGAUGAAGGAGAAAUGGGUCCCCGAGCGCGGGACCAUGCUUGCCAUCCACGCGGCCCCUGCUGUGGUCGAACAUGUCAUCGUCGCGGUCUGCGCUGCCGACCCGAUGGCGGCCGGGCGCUUGGAGAUUGCCUGCUUCAACGGUCCUGCAAGCCAGGUCGUGGUAGGCUCGGCAUCUGACAUAGAGCGAGCGGAGCAGGUACUCGGCCACGAUCCGCGAUUCGGGCCUGUCAAGUGCCAGCGUGUAGACGUCAGUCAUGGAUUCCACUCGGUCUUCACCGAGUCCAUCCUGGAGGAUUUGGAGGCCUCGGCAAGGGCGUUGACCUUCAACCCUCCAGUCAUCCGCCUCGAGACGUGCACAGAGACGCCGCUCGACUCGAUCAGCCACGGCCGCAUCGCCAAGCACACGCGAACGCCCGUCUUCUUCAGCCAGGCCAUUGCUCGCAUCGAGGAACGGCUCGGGUCUUGCAUCUGGCUAGAGGCUGGAGCCGACUCGCCCAUCAUUUCCAUGACGAAGAAGGCCGUGCAAAACGCGGGCGCCAACCACGUCUCUGUGUCGCUUAGAUCCAGCGAACCGCAGCACAAGACUGCGUUGGCCGCUGCCACUGCCGCUCUCUGGCGAGAGGGGGUUUCUGUCUCUUUCUGGCCUUUCAUCACCCCGGCAGACUCGAGCCUCCGUCCCGUAUGGCUGCCGCCGUACCAGUUCCAGCGCAAGCGCCACUGGCUUGAGUGGAUCGACCCAGUCGACCAAGCGCGGAAAGCAGGCCUCGCCAGCCACGGGGAGCAGAAUCCGCUCCUGCAGGGCAGGACCGCCGCCCCGGCCGCUCUAGUGACGCCGCUAGGCACGCUUUCGGACUCGUGGGCGUCGCUGCAGUUCACGCUGCACACGACGACGCGACGGUUCACCGACAUCGUGUCGGGUCACGCCAUCCGCGGCCUCCCGCUCUGCCCAGCCUCCAUGUACAUGGAGGCCGUGGUCAUGGCGGCGCAGCAGAUCAAGCCCGAGAUCGGCUUCCAGGCCUUCCAGUUCGAGCACAUGACAUUCCCGGGGGCUCUCGGGCUCGACCCAGACCGCCACGUCGUGCUGACCAUGGAAGGGGCGGGCGAGUACCUGGCGUGGAAGUUCUCCUUUGGCAGCAGCAACCCACAGGCCAAACACGCUUCCGCGGCCAGGGGCGCGGUCGGGAAAGCUGCCGCCGCCGCCGCCACCGCUACUACCACCACCCACGCCAAAGGCGGCUUCAGCGUCGCGUCGCGCGCCGACCUGGGCCUCUUAGAGCGCGUCGUGCAUGAACGCAUGGAGGCUGUGCUCGCAGACCCGCGGGCCGAGCGGCUGGGGACGAGACGCGCGUACGCGCUGUUCUCGCGCGUUGUCAACUACAGCCCGCUGCUGCGCGGCAUCGAGAGCAUCACGAUGCUAGGCGGCGAGCAUGCGGUGGCGCGCGUGCGGCAGCCGCAGGUCGACCGGCAGCCGGAGCAGGGUUCGGAGAGCACGGCCGCGCGGGUGUGCGACACGAUCGGCAUCGACACGUUCAUCCAGGUGGUCGGGCUGCUGAUGAACAGCGGCGAGGGGUGUCCGGAGGACGAAGUGUUCAUCGCGACGGGCAUCGACCGGAUCUUUGUGCAGGACUGCGACUUCGCGGGCGUCGACGAGUGGGACGUGUAUGCCACGUGUCUGACGCGCGGAGGCAGAGACGGCCGAGAGGUCGCCGGGGACUUGAUGGUGUUCACGCGCGGAGGAAGGCUGGUGCUGACGGGCUCGGGGAUCCGCUUCACGCACUAUCCCAUCGCCAAGCUUGAGAGGCUGCUCGAGAAGACUUCGACUGCGAGUGCUUCCAAGAAGACGUCGGCUGCGAUCGGCGGGGGAGGCGACAGGCGCGUCCCUGCCAUUUCGACAGCGGCAUCAACCCUCCCAGGUCCGGGACAUGUAGCAAGACACCACGACCAAGGGGAAAAGACGUUGGUGGGCGAAGAGUUGUUGUCGUCGACGGCAGAUGCAAAGUUCAAGCUCGGAAUGCGGGGCUUGGAUUCGAUGAUGACAGUCCGGCUCGCUGGACAGCUGAAGCAGUCAAUUGGGGGUGGGGCGGCAGGGCCCAGGGAGAGUGGGCCCCUCACGCUAGCUACAGCAGACAUGAGGCUCCACCAGCACCAAGAACCCCCCCAGCUUACCCCGCCAAGCUCCAGCCCCAGCGACGACGGAGCGAGCCACGGCAACGGCAACCUCCAGCACGCUUCGAGCGACGCCUGGGCCAUGCGCACGCGGCAGCGGCUGCUCGAGCUGAUCUCGGAAAACAGCGGCGCGCCGCCGACAAGUAUCCAUGACAGUGCGAGCCUGCAGGAUAUCGGCCUCGACUCCCUAUCUCUGAUGGAGCUCAAGUCGUCGGUCGAGGAUACGUUCGUCGUUCAGCUCGGCCACGACGACCUGCACGCAAUGUCCACCGUUGCCGACAUGCUCGACCUGCUGCGUCCGAGCGGACAGAUGGAUGUGCUUGUGGUUUCUUGA